UCAGGUCGAGCAGAUCACAGUGUAUGGCUCCACUGUAUUGCUGGGAGCUGGGGGGUCGACUGUACUCGUUACCUCACUCUCCAUGGUGGCUGACCUCAUUGGACCCACUGUGGGAAGUGGUGCCUUUGUCUAUGGUCUGAUGAGCUUCACAGACAAGGUAUCCAACGGAGUGGCCGUGCAGGUUGUUCAAGCUCUCCACCCCUGCAAGUCCACUAAUCCGAGCCAUGUUUGUUGCUCUGCAUGUGCCAAGUUCUAUCGGAUAGUGUUGUCGGCGGUACCAGGAGGAGCAACCCUGUGUGCACUCAUCUGCCUGGCCAUACUCACUCUCUACGUCUACCGCCGCACCAGGCAGCUGAGAGAUGUGGCCCCGGCCUGUGCAGAGGAUGGUCCGUGUUUCUCGCCAUCUGCCCACAACAAGAGCCUCCAGUCUGAAGGCAACAGCUCUCUCAGUGUCACUGCCAGCAUGAACACUCGCUACAGGGACGUAGAAGAUGAAACUAAGCCACAUCUU